AUUCCACCCCACGCAACGCACCACGCGCGAAGGAAGCUAGCUCCCACCGUGAGUGCAGUGCACCGCUAGAUCCAUGGCGGCAGCGGCGGCAGGAAGCUCCCGCCUUCUCUCCGCGCUGGCCCUCGCCGGCGUCGUUUCCUUCCUCCUCGUCGCUGACCCUGGCGUCGUCGCCGCGGAGGCGGCAGCCGCGCCGCCGGGGCUGGAGUUCCGCGUGGGCGGGCCGCGCGGGUGGCGCGUCCCGGACGCCAACACCAGCUACGGAUGGUGGGCCAUGAACAACCGCUUCCACGUCGGCGACCGCCUCUAUUUCAAGUACGCGAACGACGACUCGGUGCUGGUGGUGAACCGCCUGGCCUUCGACGCCUGCAACGCCAGCGCGCCGCUCGCCGCGUUCGCCGGCGGCGCCACCGAGUUCCGCCUCCACCGCCCGGGAUUCUUCUGCUUCAUCAGCGGCGAGCCAGGGCACUGCGAGGAAGGCCAGAGGCUCAUCGUGCGCGUCAUGGUGCACCCGGCGGCCCUGGCCGCGGCGCCCGCGCCUGGCCCUGGAGUUCCGACGAUGACGCGCCCCGGGAUGCCGUCCGGGUGCUCCGACGGCGCCUCCUCCUCCGCUGUUGACGCAGCGAUCGCUGCCGCCGCCGGCGUCGCCAUGGCUACGCUUGUUGGUAUGGGCUUGAUGCUCCACUGAUUGGUUUGCUACUUUGCUUUUAUGUGCGCAGCUAGUACUGCAGUGCAGACGUACUCACACACUAGUACCUAGUUGUUGUUAGAUAAUGUUCCGUUGCCUAGUUUUCAGUUUCCAUGUUAUUUUGGGUUCAUGCAUGAUGACUUAUGAAGUAUUGGUACUAUAUUAAUGUCGUCGUGUCGAACAAUUUGUUUAAC